UGGGCCGCGGCCGUGCCCGGCGUGCGCUCGGUGCCCUCAGAGCGCCAGCUGAGGGGCCGCUGGGGGCCGAGCGAGGCGAGCUUCCCCGUCACCCGAGCCCCUCAGGCCGGCGGCCCUGCCCCUGCCGCGUCCCCGCGCCCCCAGCAGCCGGGCCCGACGGCCGCGCGAGCCUGGGCGCGGAAGACAGGUCGAGCGGUUGCCGUCUGUGAGGGUCCGCGCGGCGGCGGCGGCGGCGGCGGCGACCGGAACGACUGCGGCCCGGGCCGGGCCGGACGGCGCAGAGCCAUGGCCGAGGCGGCCCCAGCUCCGACUUCUGAAUGGGAUUCCGAAUGCCUUACGUCCCUACAGCCCCUUCCCCUCCCCACACCCCCGGGAGCAAACGAGGCACACCUGCAGACUGCAGCCAUCUCCCUGUGGACAGUGGUGGCCGCUGUGCAGGCUAUAGAGAGAAAGGUGGAGGUGCACAGCCGGCGGCUCCUGCAUCUAGAAGGACGGACAGGGACAACAGAGAAGAAGAUGGCCAGCUGUGAAAAAACAGUGGCUGAUCUCGGGAACCAGUUGGAUGGCAAGUGGGCCGUGCUGGGGACCCUGCUGCAGGAGUACGGGCUGCUGCAGAGGCGGCUGGAGAACUUGGAGAACCUGCUGAGGAACAGGAACUUCUGGAUCCUGCGGCUGCCCCCGGGUGUUAAAGGAGAUAUCCCAAAGGUGCCUGUGACAUUUGAUGAUAUUUCCAUCUACUUUUCCACUCCAGAGUGGGAAAAGUUAGAAGAAUGGCAAAAGGAACUUUACAGGAAUAUCAUGAAGGGCAACUACGAGUCUCUCAUCUCUAUGGAUUAUGCCAUGAAUCAGCCUGAUGUCUUAUCUCAGAUUCAGCCAGAAGGAGGACAUAAUACGGAGGAUCAUGCAGGGCCAGAGGAAAGUGCGAUUCCCACUGACCCCAGUGAAGAGCCUGUCAUUUCAACAUCAGAUAUUCUGUCUUGGAUUAAACAAGAGGAAGAGCCCCAGGUUGGGCCCCCACAGGAGACCAAGCAGAGUGACAUAUACAAGGGUCCCUAUGCUGAUGAGCAGCUUGUCAUCAAAGCCGAAGGCCUCGCCAGAGCCUCCUUGUGCCCCGAGGUUCCUGUCCCCUUCUCUUCUCCACCAGCAGCAGCAGCAAAGGAUUCUUUUUCAGAUGUGGCUUUCAAAGGCCAGCAACCUGCAUCCAUGACACCUUAUGUACAUCCGGCCACUGACCUGGCAGAAGCCUCUGAGGGACAAGUGACGUUCACUCAGUUGGGUAGCUACCCCCUGCCUCCCCCUGCUGGAGAGCAGAUGUUCUCAUGCCACCACUGUGGCAAGAGCCUCAGCCAAGACAUGUUGCUGAGCCACCAGUGUAGCCACACUGAUGAGCACCCCUUGUCCUGUGCCCAGUGUCCCAAGCACUUUUCUCAGCAAGCUGAGCUCGGCAGCAACCCCCAGUCCCAUGCCAGUGAGACGCCCCCCACCUGCCCACACUGCGCCAGGACUUUCACUCACCCGUCAAGACUCACCUACCACCUACGGGUCCACAGCAGCACUGAGCGCCCUUUCCCCUGUCCUGAUUGCCCCAAGCGCUUUGCAGACCAGGCCCGCCUCACCAACCACCGGCGAGCUCAUGCCAGCGAGAGGCCCUUCCGCUGCACGCAGUGUGGCCGGAGCUUCAGCCUGAAAAUCAGCCUCCUGCUCCACCAGCGCGGGCAUGCGCAGGAGCGGCCUUUCUCCUGCCCCCAGUGUGGCAUUGACUUCAAUGGCCACUCAGCCCUGAUCCGACACCAGAUGAUCCACACAGGCGAGCGUCCUUACCCGUGCACAGACUGCAGUAAGAGCUUUAUGCGCAAGGAGCACCUGCUGAACCACCGGCGGCUGCACACCGGAGAGCGGCCCUUCAGCUGCACGCAAUGCGGCAAGACCUUCAUCCGCAAGCACCACCUCAUGAAGCACCAGCGCAUCCACACAGGCGAGCGGCCCUACCCCUGUGCCUACUGCGGCAGGAGCUUCCGCUACAAACAGACGCUUAAGGACCACUUACGGUCAGGCCACAACGGAGGCUGUGGGAGUGAGAGUGACCCAUCUGGACAGCCGCCUGACCCACCGGGUCCUCUCCUAACAGGGCUCGAAACCUCUGGCCUUGGCGUUAACACGGAAGGUCUAGAGGCCCAUCAGUGGUAUGGGGAAGGUAGUGGAGGGGGAGUUUUGUGAAUCUCCCUCCCGGUUAUCCAUGCUUAUCCAGGACAAGAGAAAGGGACUUGAGCUCCUCCACUCUGGAAGUAAUCACUAUUGAUUGACACAUUGAUGCAUUCGGGGUCCUGUACACUUGACUAGAGACAUGCUUGAGUUUGGGAACUUCACAGCAUUACCAGUAUACCACUUUUUUUUUAGCAUUUUUUUUUUUUUUUCAGAGAGGAGGGAAGAGAGCGAGAACGUCAAUGAUGAGAGAGAAUUGUUCAUUGGCUGCCUCCUGCAUGUCUCUCACUGGGGAUGGAGCCCACAACCCAAGCAUGUGCCCUGAUCAGGAAUUAAACCAUGAGCUCCUGGUUCAUAGGUCAGUACUCAACCAUUGAGCCACCCUGGCCUGACCAAUAAUAGCACAUUUUGAAACACAGAAAGAGUCCAGCAUCCCCAUCUUUUCAAAAAAAAAUGAGACCUAAGCAGAAGUUGCAAAGAGAGAGGAAAACAUGAUUUGGCCUUUGGUAAUUCAUCACAGGGUAAUAGAUUAAGAAUGAUUGCAGCUCUGGGUAUAGACAGGUACAUGGGAAGAACCUCCAAAGCUUGAAGUUCUGAGGCAGAGCCUUAAACCCCUGGUGAUAAGACAGUUGUUAGAAGAAAGUGCUCAAGCCUCAGUCCAUACUCCUGCUCCUUCCAAUACUAGCUAAAGUCCACUCGUGUGCUAAUGGACUGCCUCUUCCCAAACGAUAGCUCAGUAUGGCCUUUCUAGACUAAUUCUUUUAAAGUACAUUUUGUUAAAUAUUGGGUGAGCAAGAAAUCUGACUUUAAAAGCUUCUUAAGGAGAACAGUGCUUAACUUUCACCAGCUUGAUUUGUAGCAUUAAGCCUCUCACUGGCAUUUAAACUGCUGGAGACCUCUGCCGAGGUCCUGGUUUAAAAUGUUUGGAAUCGUGUUCUCAGCCCCAGCUAUAAAAGCCAGAAAUCCCAGAGAAAUGACAGAACAGCCUAACGUUUAUGCCUGAACCAUGUUUCUUAGAGGUACUUACUUCCAGUUCUUGUUAUUUAUAAGCCAAUAAGAUGACUUUUCGAUUUCUAGUGUCUGAUAUUCUUGACAGUCCUCAGCAGGAAAAAAAAAAAAAAAAUCACUUUCCAGAAGCAUUACGGAGUUUCAGAAAAGCUGGGUGCACUGGCACUCCCAGCUUUCAUCUCAGAAGUGAGGUGCUGGUGUGAUAAUGCAACUUUCUUGAGCCAUUAGAAAAUAUUCACCCAUCUGGCCAUUUCCGAGUUGUCAGUGGACGGACUGAGGGACUUCAUAGAUCACUGAGAGCGGAGCACCAGAGGCAAACAGGGAUACCCUCUUCCUGCUAGUUCUGCUUUCAGGGACCUUGGCUACCAUGUGUCCUUUGGUCGGGGUCAUUCAUUCCCCUGGGAGUCUUCUGAGCCUGUGCUGCUCCUAAGUGGCUUUGCACUUGGGUGCAAGUCCCUUUCUUUUCCUUUACAGAUCUCAUAUUUUCAUCUGCGAAGAGAGGCUGGUGAAAGAGAAAAAGCUUUUAAGAAAAAACUUUUUUAUAUCUUGUGAGACAUUGCUGCUUUUGCCAGAAUCCUAUCUCUAUCUCUGGCUUCUAUCCAGGCAAAGCCAAAUAAGAAGCAAAAUCAAAGCAGAGACAUUCCUGCUGAAACUUGAUUGAAAUCAGUUUGAUUUGUUAUGUUACUCCUGCUUGGAGCCUGAGGUGGAAGGCAGAGAAUACAGAAACCCUAAGUCUUAGGUAGAAAAGCUGAUUAUAUCCACACGCUUUUGUUUCCCCUGACCUUCCUGAGAUGCCUGGAAACAAUGUCUAUAAGUAAUUAGGACAUUUUGUUGAUGAAGUAGUAAGGGAAGGACCCAUUUUUUCCUUAUCACCUAGCACCGCCUUUAGCCUGCCUGGUUGUGCAUAACCACACCAGGGAAAAGCGUCAUUACCCCAGCCAGCUUUGCCUCUGGGAAGGCUCUGUCUGAACAUGCUGCUCUUAAGGAUAAUCACAGUGAUAGCAUCUACUCCGAGAGUCACAGUACCAGGAAUUGAGGGAGACCUCUAAGAAAUGUUUGUGAGACCAUAAGAGUGUGAAGGUGAUGAAGAAAUCCAGGGCUAUGGAACAAACCAAGUCAGAUGAGGACAGAAUGCUGGCAUAUUGGGAGCUUUCUAACUAGGACCUAGCCUCAUACUGUGAGGGACUUGGGGGGGUUCUGGGAAUUCUAGUUUCACAGGUUACCCACCAGGAACUUGAGUGUGAGAUCCAGCUCUGGUUUUCACCCUGAUCUUGUAAAGGGAGAAGAAUUAAUAGUACUACCUUUAGGUGGUAUGUUCCCUUUUCUGAACAGCAUUCAACCACAGUAUGCCAGAGAAGGAAUUCUUGGUAUGAUGUUGGACUAGGUAAUAUGGAAAAUUCUUCUUACUCAGUGAUUUACUGAGGACAUGGAGCUUGCUUACAAAAACACCUGUGGUUUAAAAUGCCACAGAUAGAUCCCACAGUCCCUUCUUCAAGGAACUGUAGUCAGCAGGAUCCCAAUCUAUGGGAAGAAAUAAACACAGUUCAGAUACCAAUGAAGCAGAGUGAAAGGGGUGGGCAGGACCAUGCCAGAAAGACAGAGGUAGGGGUUUUCCUAAUCUUUGGCCCUGUACAUACCAGAUGUUCAACUAUGGUGCAUUCUGGUCUCUCCCUCCACCUGGUAGAAUUCCAGGCCAUCUCCAAAUUGGAGAGUUUGCCUGAAAUUCAAGAAUGGGUAAGUAAAAUGGAUCAGUGGAAAAGAUUUCAGUGUAUGGAGAAGCUUGGUUUAGCCAGGGCUCCCGAGCGAAACCAGGCAGUAACUCAGCAGUUAAAGAAGUACCUGUGGAUUGGGUGUCAUGAGCAGAUUUGAUAGCAAAGAGGAAAAGCCAGAAACAUGCUCAUUAGGCUGCCCUCUGGACUAAGAAAUCUGUAUUAUCUCAUAAAUGGGCACCAUCUCGCUGGAGUGCAUCCAGUUGUUUGUAACCAGAUUUACUGUGCUUACAAGGUUUUUCAUUGUCACUAUAAGGUGAACCUAUGGUUCAGCCACAGAUGUGAAAAUAAAUGGAAGUUUAUCUAGAAAGUGAAA